AUGAAGAUCGGCACCUUCCUGUUUGUCGCUCUAGUAAUUGCUACGAUCAUUGACCAAGCAACGGCCAUGGAAACUGCUACUUACGAUAUGGAAAAACUCAACGAACAGGACGAUGAAAAAGUAUCCGACUCAAAUUCCAAGAAUGGAAUUUCGCCACCUGCACCGACUCCUGCACCGACUCCUGCACCGACAAUUGAAUGCAAUCAUACCAAGCAGGUGAUCGGUCACAACAAAAUAAAACCACUUCCACAGCCUAAACCCGUGACUAUUUCUGAAAUGAUUGCCGUCAGAUUUAAACCAAUGCUCAGAGUUAGCAACGGAUGUCACCCGUACCCCGCGGUGAACGCAGAAGGUGAGACUAGCGCUGGUCUUAAGACUACCGGGUCUUCUGACGGGAACUGCAAGGGAUCUCAAUGGGGGUCUCAAGUUUACGGACGCUCAACUUUGUACCGGAAGCACUGGGUCAUCGUGUACGCAUGGUACUUCCCAAAAGACUCUCCGGCGCCGUAUUUUGGUCACCGUCACGACUGGGAGCAUGUUAUCCUGUGGCUAGAAUUUAAUCUUGACAACAAUUGCUUUGAGAUCGGGGCUGUGACGCCGUCGGCUCACGACGGAUUCUCGAAGCACUGUCCUCCUGAUGCCUCCACGGUGAAUAAUACGAAUGUAAAAAUCGAAUAUCUAAGCAAAUGGCCGAUGAACCACGCACUCCAAUCCACCUCUGAGGAAGGUAGCUUUCAGGAUCUGAUCUUAUGGCAUCAGCUACCAGAGAACGCUCGUUGUGCCUUAAAUUCAGUGAACUGGGGCAAUGCGAACAUGCCCCUUCGCGAUUCCAACUUUUAUAACAACCUAAAAAAAGCGUAUCCUUAUUGA